AUGGCCUCCUAUCAUCUGCAGCCGACCGAGGCAGCAUCCUAUGGCUCCAGCACAGGGACACCGGUUAGCGCGCAGUAUACGCCAGAUUCCGGAGCAUCCGACAAUGAAAAUGCAUCUUCGAGUUUCAAACGGCCACCAUCUGGGUCGUUGAGAUUGCAAACGGACUUUCGCGCAGAAGCGGACUACAUUUCCGACGAUGAGGGCCAAGAUGAAGGCUACGAUUCGUAUGACGACCAGGAAGCGAAGCCCAAAAGGGCCGUAGUCGGUACAAAGUACACGGCAGCGGAAGAAAUGCAAGUCGUGAAGAAGUUUGACCGCAAGCUGGUUCCAUUCUUGGCCCUUCUCUACCUGCUCUCGUUCCUGGAUCGUUCUAAUAUUGGAAAUGCAAAGAUUGCUGGACUCAUGGAUGAUUUGCGUCUUUCAUCUUCACAGUAUGAAUGGCUUUUGACAGCUUUCUACAUCACAUAUAUCCUCUUUGAGUGGAUGACCCUUAUGUACCGGAUCGUUCCUCCGCACAUCUACAUCUCCCUGUGUGUAUGCGGAUGGGGUCUCGUUGCAUCCUUUCAGUCACUGGCUACUUCAUUCAGCACCCUCGUGUUUCUGCGAGCCUUUCUAGGCAUCACGGAAGCGGCAUUUGGCCCUGGCGUGCCGUUCUAUCUCUCCCUGUUCUACAAGCGGGAAGAACUCGCUUUACGAAACGGACUGUUUAUCUCAGCGGCUCCCUUGGCGACUUCAUUCGCGAGUAGUCUCGCAUGGCUGAUUGUCAAGGUCAGCAGCAAUGGCCCCAUUGCACCGUGGCGGACGCUCUUCCUGGUCGAAGGAUUCCCCAGUGUGCUUGUUGCGGUCUUUGCGUGGAUACUGAUCCCUGACUCACCUGAGAGCGCUCGUUUUCUUGAGCCUAGAGAGAGAUUGGUAGCCAAGCUGCGGCUGGGGGAGACCAGGUCCGACUAUCAUGGGCCGGAUUCCAGGAAGUUCAAUUGGAGGGAAGUUGUCAAGGCGCUGGCGGAUCCCAAAUCUUAUGUGACAGCUUUCAUGUUCUUCAGCUGCAAUGUCGCUUUCAGCUCCAUGCCUGUGUUCCUGCCCACCAUCAUAGAAGACAUGGGCUACUCCUCCCUCUCCGCGCAAGCCCUCUGCGCACCUCCUUACCUCAUUGCCUUCGUGGUAGUCCUGGCAACCGCCUACCUAUCCGACCGUCACAGAACCCGAAGCCCCUACCUCAUCGCCCACGCGCUGAUAUCCUCGUUCGCCUACCUCGCAAUCGCGGCUACAGGCUACUACCACACGCACUUAUCAACAGGCCUACAGACCUUCAUCCGUUACGCCUGCGUCUACCCCGCCACGUCAGGCUUCUUCUCUGCCAUCACCCUCAUCAUCACCUGGACGAUGGACAACCGCCCGGCGAAGGAAGGCAAAGGAGCCAGCAUGGCAAUCCUCAACCUCAUUGGGCAGUGUGGGCCGUUACUCGGGACGAGACUGUACCCGCGCAGUGAGGGGCCGUGGUAUGUGCGUGGGAUGGCAACAUGCUCUUUCUUCAUGGUUGUGGUUGCUGUCCUUGCGUUCGUGCUGAGGGUUAUGCUGCAGAGGGGGGAUCGUGUAGCGGAUCGGAAAGGAGGCGCUGAUGUUGAGAUGGAAACGCGACAGGUCCUUAUGGACGGGAAUCAGUUCAAUCAUAGUGUUGAAGAGAGAUUUGUGAAUAUUUUAUGA